AUGACACCCCUUGAGCAAAGAGCAGAUCUCAAACGUAAAAGAACAGAAGAACCCCUCGUAAUUAAGCAUGAGCAGCGAUCGAUGGACGACACUUGCCACUUUGAAAUGCCAAAGCUCUUCAGAAGAGAUACUGUCCCCUUAUACAAGAAAGCAUUAGCAUUGUAUCCAGCAUCCACAACACUAGAGAAUAGCAUAUAUCCUGCACCUAAAGUUGCUUCGUUGGAAUCGUUUUACAACCAUAUUCAACCCAAUGUAAGCGAUCAACGCCUGGAGAACUAUUCAACACCUCGCAUCGCUGCCACACUAUCACCAUUUCAGUUGCAAAAUGUAGAAUGGAUGAUCUCUCGAGAAGGGCACACAGCCAAUACCAAUGGGGGGAUUGAACCAGAUUUAAGCAUAUACACAUCGUUGCCUCUCUUGUACGCAGGCGCCCAUGAGACAGAGCAGACGGGCACUUAUAUAGAUAUGAUUACUACAAGGACGAGUACAAACCGAGCCAACAUAUCCAACCUUAUCCAGCUGUCAUAUUCCGGUGGCAUUCUAUCUGAUGAAAUGGGCUUGGGAAAGACUGUGAGUGUCUUGAAUUUGAUCGCAAAGCAUACAUACAGCCCUCACGACCCCUCCCAUCCCAAAGCUGAGGAUGUUGGUAAUCUGACAUUUGCAAAAGGGACUCUAAUUGUCGCUCCUGGCACUAUCAUCAGUCAAUGGCAUUCCGAAAUCAAGAAACAUGCACCUGAAUUGACAGUGUUCAUUUACGAGGGCCGCAGAUACCAAAAGGAAACUACCGCUGAAGAUCUUGCAAAGUACGAUAUUGUAUUGGCAUACUAUGAGGCUUUCAGGCAAGAAAUUCAUUAUUCGCAACCGCCACCAAAGAGACCACAGAGAAAUGGUGUUGCCUACAAUCGAGAGUUCAAUUUGAGUCCUCUUGUUUCUGCCUUUUGGUUCCGGUGUAUACUCGAUGAAGCACAAAUGAUUGAGGGUCAAGUGUCUAUUGUGGCCAAAGUGGCUAAGAAAAUUCCUCGCUGGUAUGCUUGGGCAGUAACAGGCACUCCUAUGAGAAGAGAUUUGGAAGAUUUAUAUGGCCUGUAUGACUUUAUCGCUGUUGUACCUUCGAUCAAAACUCCAGCUACUUUCUCAAAGCUAUGCAAAGAUCCUCAGUUCAUGCCUGUUUUCUUUGAUUUUGCUCGCAACACCAUUAGAAGAAACACAAAGCGUGCUCUGGAGAGUCAGUUGCAUAUCCCAAAGCAAUCGCGCCAUGUUGUACGAUUCCCAUUUACCACCAUUGAGCAGCAUUAUUACGACGAUCUUUGGAAAGAGUGCAAGCAGAGCAUUGAACUGGAUUCGUUGGACAGCAACAAUUGGAACAUGUAUCCAGAGACAAGAGAAGUGGCACGAUCUCGUAUGCGAAGUUGGCUGGUAGCACUACGACAGAGCUGUAUCCAUCCUUCGCUGAUUGCGAAUGCAUCUCUUCGGCUCAGGACAUCAAGAACAAACACAAAUUCAAUUCAGACAAUGACCGAAGUGCUGCAAGAUAUGGCCAAGUCAGCUAAAAUCAACUUGGAUCAAAAUCAAUACAGCUUUUAUCAGCUGAAGCUUCAGAAAGCCGGCAUGUAUGAAGUCAUGAAAGACUUGGAAAAGGCAAUGGAAACCUAUACUGAAAAUGUACCAGCGGUAGAGGCACUCUUGGAGGCUCGAUGCGAAGAUAGUCGUCAGUAUCAUGCCAAAGCGAAAGAGCUGGAGAAGGCUGGCUUGUCCAUAGGAGAUACACUGGAUGUGACCGAGUCCAAGGUUCAUAUCAAAUGGCAGAUGCUAGUGCAUCGAUAUUACUUUUACAUGGCUAGCGCGUAUCAUACACUCGAAAAUGAAGAGAGGGAAAAUGAGUUUUACGCCAAAGCUGGUGAUAUUCGUCGAGAUUUGCUGGAAUCGUACACAGAAAGAGUGGAUACACACACCAACGAGAUGCGCAGAGCUGCCAAGUUUAUCAAAGAUAGCCCCGAAUACCACUAUGGCAUUCGACACUUUGUGCUGGAUAUGAGUGGACCAGGCGAGCUCGCUGACAUGGAAGAUGAUGAUAGCAAACAAGAAGGCUUGAAUGUGUUGGAAAAUGUCAAGGGGGUGGGUCAUACUCUGGAUCAACAGCUGGCAAAGAUACUGUACCUGCGGAAGAAGAUUAUGCCGAUCUUGACCAAGAGCCUUGUGGAUGCGGACAAGAAUGCUGAGGCCACUGGUGAAGAAUACGACAAUUCAUUAGAGGAGCAGGCCCUAUGUCAAAUAUACCUUUCAGCCUACAAAGGGUUAUUGCAGGACAGACGCUUCAUUAUCAAUGGCAAUACAGUGACACUGGAUACCAUUGCACUUGAUUUGGAUGAUGCAACAGAAGCAAAAGAGGACAAAACCCAAAGCGAUACAGCAAGGAAAGCAGAGGCAGCAGAAAAGGCAUUCAGAAGUCAGUUGAUGUCUCCUGCCAACUACAAAGUCGAGUGUCUUCGUGAUGUGGAAGUGCAACUGAGAGAUGUCAAGAGAAAUUUCAAAAUCAACAAGAGAAUCAACAUCCCCAUCUUGAACGAGGAGCAAGCUCACAUCAGGGCUCAACUACCCAUACAGACAAAGUUGGUGGAGCAUCUAGACAACGAUUUAAAGAAGCUGACUCAACUAUUCAACAGUCGAAUCGCCUAUUACAAGUAUCUGCAAACCAUUUCUGACACACUUUUGGCAUGGCAAAGUGAACAUCCACGAGCAGAGAUGGCUAAAAUUGAUGCAGAGACAGAGCAGUUGGCAGACACCAUCACACACAGCAAGUCUCGCGACAUGUACUUCAAGAGUCUGAUGGAGGAACAAGACGCUCUACAGCGCAACCAAGAAGGAAAGCCCAAGGAUUGUCUCAUCUGCCGAGAUCCUAUUGAGAAGGGAAUGAUAACAUAUUGCGGGCAUUCAUCUUGCUACAGUUGUGGUGUACAAUGGUUCAAGACGAGUCGUCGUUGCCAUACCUGCAAUGCUACUGUCAAACCAUUUGAGUGGUACAGAGUGUCUUACCAAGAGAUGGAGAUGCACGACAGAGACCAAGUGGUGGGGGCCGAUAGUGCCAAUAACAGCAGCACUGCCGCCAGUAUCAAUGGUAAUGAAAACGCUUUGACAGUGCCAUGGAAACCGAAAAAGGAUGAAAGGAUUGAGCAUCUCAUUAGAGAGAUAAAAAAGCAGCAAAUCUCGAGCAGUCAAGGGGCCAAGAUUGACAGCAUCAUCCGACAUAUCAAGUACGUCAAAGAAAAGGAUAAUGGCAAAUGUGUGGUGUUCUCUCAGUGGACCAAGGUGCUCGCAAUGCUCAAAACGGGACUCGAGGCAAAUGGUAUUCAGUGCACGAAUAUUGACACUGGUGCUGGGUCUGCAGCAAGCAAGAACAAGGUAGCCAGAUUCCAGCAAGACCCCGACAUGAAUGUGAUUCUGCUGCAUGCCAGAAGCCAGUCGAGUGGAUUAACACUGGUGGCAGCACACACUGCUUUUAUCGUUGAACCUGUCCUUAAUGAGUCUUUGGAGAAGCAAGCCAUCAAUCGUAUUCACCGCAUUGGACAGACAGAGGAGACAAGCGUAUUCUGGUACAUUGUUCAAGACACGAUUGAAGAACGCAUUCAUGCCAUUCAUGAUAUCAAGCGCAUUCAUAACCAGAAAAACAACCCAGCCACCAACGACAAUGAAAAGACACAGAUGAGCAAAGUUUCUGAAGGUGGUGGCGAGUAUGUCAAUGAUGAUGAUCUUCGUCGAUGCUUUACCAGUAAUUUGACAUACGCAUUACGCAAAUAA